CGCUCACAAAUCCUGUGUUUGGGGGGAAAAGAAAAAAUAAUCACGUUCCGCCUUAAAAAAAGGAAGAAAGUUCACACCAGUGCCUCCCUUCCCUCCGUGUGCUGGUGGGUGGAGCAGACCCAGUGGGGGAGGGGCUGCGUCCCAGGGUCAGGGGGCAGCUCGCCACCUGAGGAAUCUCACACGGAGAAAAAGCAUCGGAACGCUCGGGUGUGUUUGAGCUCAUAUACCUCCGAAAGAUGCAGCAGGUUUGGAUCUCUCGCUCCCCCUCUCCUCCUCUCCCUCGUUUGUGGCUUUGUGGCACCUGUCUUCCUUUCUGCACACGGGAGGUGCUGCGGGACUGCCAGUCAUGGCCCCGCGCAGACGGGCCCACGCAGUCGGACGCAGACGGCCCCAUGCGGUUGUGCGCAGACGGCCCCACGCAGUCGGACGCAGACGGCCCCGCACAGUUGUGCGCAGACGGGCCUUGCAGUCGGACGUAGACGGCUCCGUGCAGUCGGAUGCAGACGGAUCCGCGCAGUCGGAUGCAGACAGCCUCAGGGUGGCUUUGUACCUUCAACCAUUUUCCUCUGGGAUUGCAGCGCGAAGAAUUGGGCUCAAGUACCAUUAAAAAGAAAAAACAAACUGAAAACCUGGGGCUACAUUUUACAGUUCCUUGGAUUAAAGCUGGAAACAUACUUGAGUUUUAUUGCGCCACGUGUACGUGAAGUAGUUGCAUCCCCAGCUUUUUUUUUUUUUUUUACUGCAGGUUUAAAGGUAUAUUCACUAGGGGGCAGAUUCAGGACUUCUCUCCAAAUGAUUCCGCCAUCCUUCCUGGCUUCCCGUGUGGCUUCCUAGCGUCUGUCGCGUCACUAGGCAUAAAAAUAUAUACUGCCCCCCGCAGUUUACGCGGGUAUUGCACCUUGCGGACUGUAGCGUUAAUUUUUGCGGAUGUGCACAAGGAACACCCUGACCGACCGCAGGAUACACGUGACCGCAGUCUUGCGUCCACGUUCGCGUAAUUUAAAUCAAGUAUGUUUCCAGCCUAACAGACCCCGGAGUCCUCGCACCUCAAGUACUUCGUUUGCAGGGUGUAACGCGAUGCAGAAAUGUUUGAGAAGUUGUAAACUGUAUGGGCGGGUGUAAGUGCACUAAGAACAAUAUGCAGAUGUUUCUCUUUAGAUUUUUAUUUUCAUUUUGAUGAGCUUUAACAAGUCCGGAUAAAGGAACGUAACCGUGGCAGGUUCGGAGGUUUGCCGGUUUUGUCUGGUGUACUGUGUGUAUGUACGUGUGUGUGUGCGCUUGCGUAAAGAGGACUGCUCAGAGACUGUGAAAACACGUCUGGCGUGUGCGCCUGAUCUCCCCCGCACCGCAGAUCACCGCGCCGCCAGACAAACUACAAGACUGUACUCUGCAUCGUAGUUAUUGUCAUUAGCACUUUCCCCUCCUUCAUUAUUAUUCUUUUGUAUUGUGUGCUAUUGUCAGGGCUAUACAGAUGCCUGCUACAAUUAAUGCUUGUCAUUCUAUUUUUCUUUUGGAUGUAAUAAGCAAAUUUAGAAGUGCAUCCUUUCUUUGGACACUUUUUCUCCCUUUGCUUUCUGCUUAAUAUAUUCAGAUAUGAUUGUUUCGUUUUUUUUCCCUGUUCUUUCUUUUCUUUUUUAAAUAUUAACUGCCUUUGUAUAACUUUUUUGUGGUUGGUCUGCUUGUGCAGGUGGUCUGUUGCCUUUUUAAAUUUUUAUUUAAUUGUUUUUGUUUUUUUUGUUUUGCUGCUUCUCACAUAGACAGACCUCCCAUGUCCAGCACAAACAACACCACUUUAUUUAUUAGGGAGUAUGUCUCAAGGGAGAACAAGUCAUCUUUUAAAAACGUAUUGUGCCCUCAAUGUGAGAAAUUACAAUCAACUUGCAUUACUGCACGAACAAGAGUUAACGUCUUGUUAAAAUAAGAAAUACAAAUUAAGCAACAUUUUAAAGUUGCUGUUCAUAAAUCUAUUUUUGUGUGAAGUCGCACUCCCAUAUGUUAGUCUGGUCGUUUGAAAAAUAUGUUAAAUGUAUUGUACAUAUGUGUACUAUAUAAAUAUAUAUAUAUACUUUUUCAUGCAUGCUACAGUGAUAUAAUAUGAACACGUAUCAUGGUUCCAUUUUAAUAAUUAAAACAGAAUUCAGUUUGGUAAAAUUCAGCAAUUUGUGAACGAUUGUAAAUCUAUGCACUAAAAAUAUUGAUUGAUGUCUAAUUUAUUACUUCAGAAAAGAGAAUGCUUGAAGUUUGGCUCCCCCAAUACUGCUGUUGUCUUUCCAAAUCAGUUCAGCCGUUGAAAGUAGUGAAAAAACAAAUAAAUCGCUGAAUCAGAUUUUUUUAUAAGGGAAAUCAACGGUUAUAUCCAAGGGGAACGUUGCCUUUCUGGGAAUAUUGAAUAGUUGGUGCUCAAGACGGACGUGAGUGAAUAGGUAAAUUGCACCGCAGGAAAAGGAAUCGAGUACUAUCAGUGAAUUUGCAGUUACACAGAAGUGUCACCAGAGGGGGGCAGUAGCCGUUUUGUACUGUUAACUGCAGUACGGGGAAUGCGAUGCAGUUCCCAGUAGAGUCGCUAGGGGGUACAAAGUUUUCAUGGAAGAGCAUUUCCCAACAAGGUCACGUGACAUUUUGCAUCGGGGAGUUUUUUUCUUCCUUCGCUAUGGCGGAAUUACAGGAGCACACGGAAGGAUUGUAACCCAUAUCAUAAUUAAUGUUUUGUGUCGUGAAGGAGGAUUUUAAUUAUUUACUGAUUUUAUUUUGCUCUGAGCACUUGUUAUAGCAUUUUUUCGCGAUGGCGGAUCGAGGUCUGGAUUUGUCCGGUCUGCCCAAAGACGUUAGGGACCAGCUGGCGGAGUUGGAUUUGGAGCUAUCGGAAGGUGACAUCACACAAAAGGGCUAUGAGAAGAAAAGAGCUAAAUUGCUGGCCCCCUACGUCUCAGCAACACCAAGUGCAGAACCGUCCCCCGAGACCGAGCAGCCGACCCCGGGUCCCAGCUCCGCCCCCGACCCUGCCCCUUCCUCCUCCGCUUCCUCCUCCACCUCGGCCUCCACGUCGGCGGCCCGCCGGCACCGCGCCCGCCGCAGCGGGGGAGCCCGGGACGACCGCUACCGCUCGGAUAUCCACACGGAGGCGGUACAAGCCGCUCUGGCGCAGCACAGGGAGCAGAAGAUGGCGCUGCCCAUGCCCACCAAACGCCGCUCCGCCUUCGCCCAGUCUCCCGCCGACAACUGCACCCCGCCCGACUCCUCCUCGGGGUCGGAUGAUGAGAGCUCUCUGAGCAGGCGGGCGGGGCAGGCUCAGGGGCUGCAGAGCCCGGACUCCUGGAUAAACCGCUCCCUGCAGGGCUCCUCCACCUCCUCCUCCGCCUCCUCCACCCUGUCGCACAGCGAGGGCAAACCCCAGCCUGCCGCGCUCGCCGACGUGCUGGCACACACCCGCAUAGAGAACAGCAGCGCUGCCCCUGAUGUGACCUCGGCCGCGCCCCAGGACCGGGGGUCCCAUGCGGAAAUGCCCCCGCCCGUGCGGGGCAUGAGCCGCGGCCAGAGCCGCUCCAGCAUGAUGGACACGGCAGACGGAAAAGGCGUUCCGGUCAGCAGCAGAGUCUCCACUAAGAUCCAGCAGCUGCUGAACACGCUGAAGAGGCCCAAGAGGCCGCCGCUCAGCGAGUUCUUCAUGGACGACACCGAGGAGAUCGUAGAGGUGCCCCAGCCUGACCCCAACACCCCGAAACCAGAGGGGCGGCAGAUCAUCCCGGUGAAGGGGGAGCCGCUGGGCGUGGUCAGUAACUGGCCCCCCGCCCUGCAGGCAGCGCUGGCCCGCUGGGGGGCCACGCAGGCCAAGAGCCCCGCCCUCACGGCCCUGGACAUCACGGGCAAGCCCCUCUACACCCUGACCUACGGCAAGCUGUGGAGCCGCAGUCUCAAACUGGCCUUCACCCUCCUCAACAAGCUGGGAACCAAGAACGAGCCCGUCCUGAAGCCUGGGGAUCGGGUGGCGCUGGUGUACCCCAACAGUGACCCCGGGAUGUUCUGGGUGGCGUUCUACGGCUGCCUGCUGGCCGAGGUCAUCCCCGUGCCCAUAGAGGUGCCGCUGUCCCGCAAGGACGCAGGAAGUCAGCAGAUCGGCUUCCUGCUGGGGAGCUGUGGGGUGAGCAUAGCCCUGACCAGCGAAGUGUGUCUGAAGGGACUGCCCAAGACUCCCAAUGGAGAAAUACUGCAGUUCAAAGGCUGGCCGCGGCUGAAGUGGGUGGUGACUGACUCCAAGUAUCUGACCAAACCGUCCAAAGACUGGCAGCCUCAUAUUCCCACUGCCAACACUGACCCCGCCUACAUCGAAUACAAGGCCAGUAAGGAGGGCACAGUGAUGGGUGUGGCUGUGUCCAAGGUGGCCAUGCUGACUCACUGCCAGGCUCUGACCCAGGCCUGUAACUACUGUGAGGGGGAAACGUUGGUGAACGUGUUGGACUGUAAGAAGGACAUGGGUCUGUGGCAUGGCGUUCUCACAAGCGUGAUGAACCGGAUCCACACCAUCAGCGUCCCCUACGCAGUCAUGAAGGCCUGCCCCCUCUCCUGGGUGCAGAGAGUCCACAUCCACAAGGCGCGGGUGGCGCUGGUGAAGUGCCGGGACCUGCACUGGGCCAUGAUGGCCCACAGGGAGCAGAGGGACAUCAGCCUGGCCUCCCUGAGAAUGCUCAUCGUAGCCGACGGAGCCAACCCCUGGUCGGUGUCGUCAUGUGACGCCUUCCUCAACGUGUUCCAAAGCCACGGCCUGAAGCCUGAGGUCAUCUGCCCCUGUGCCACCUCUCCUGAAGCCAUGACCGUCGCCAUCCGCAGGCCGGGGGUCCCUGGGGCGCCCCUCCCCGCCCGCGCCAUCCUGUCCAUGUGGGGCCUGAGCUACGGCGUGAUCCGCGUCAACACCGAGGACAAGAACUCCGCCCUCACGGUGCAAGACGUGGGCCACGUCAUGCCUGGAGCUCUGAUGUGCAUUGUGAAGCCAGACGGGCCGCCCCAGCUGUGUAAGACGGAUGAGAUCGGGGAGAUUGUUGUGAACUCCCGCGCUGGAGGCACCAUGUACUACGGCCUGCCCGGGGUCACCAAGAACAUGUUUGAGGUGAUCCCUGUGAACGCCAGUGGCGCCCCCAUCGGGGAGAUCCCCUUCAUACGCUCCGGACUGCUGGGGUUCGUAGGACCGGGCAGCCUGGUGUUCGUGGUGGGGAAGAUCGAGGGGCUGCUGAUGGUGAGCGGCCGGCGGCACAACGCAGACGACCUGGUUGCCACGGCGCUGGCGGUGGAGCCUGUCAAAACCGUGUACCGCGGGAGGGUGGCUGUGUUCUCGGUGACGGUGUUCUAUGAUGAGAGGAUUGUGAUCGUGGCGGAGCAGCGGCCAGAGGCCAGCGAGGAGGACAGCUUCCAGUGGAUGAGCCGAGUGCUGCAGGCCAUUGACAGCAUCCACCAGGUGGGUCUGUACUGCCUGGCUCUGGUUCCUGCCAACACCCUCCCCAAAACCCCUCUGGGGGGCAUCCACGUCGCCGAAACCAAGCAGCACUUCCUGGAGGGCAACCUGCACCCCUGCAACAUCCUCAUGUGCCCCCACACCUGCGUCACCAACCUGCCCAAACCCCGCCAGAAACAGCCAGUGGGGGUGGGUCCGGCCUCCAUCAUGGUGGGCAACCUGGUGGCCGGUAAGCGCGUGGCGCAGGCGGCGGGCAGGGACCUGGGGCUGAUCGAGGACCAGGACCUGGUCAGGAAGCUCUGUAUGUGGCCCACCAUGAUGCACCAGUAUCUGACAGAGGCCCUGCAGUGGAGGGCUCAGACUGACCCAGAUCACGUCCUGUUUGUGCUGCUGAAUGCUAAGGGGGUAGCGGUUAGCACAGCAUCCUGUGUGCAGCUGCACAGACGUGCAGAGAAGGUGACUGCAGCCCUGGCAGAGAGGGGCGGCAUCAACACCGGAGACAACGUGGUCUUGCUCUACCCUCCUGGGAUCGAUCUGAUCGCCUCGUUCUACGGCUGCCUGUACGCCGGCUGCAUUCCUGUGACCGUCCGGCCUCCCCACCCUCAGAACCUGGCAGCCACACUGCCCACCGUGCGCAUGAUCAUCGACGUGAGUAAGGCGGUCUGCAUCCUCACCACUCAGGCACUCACCAAGAUCCUGCGGUCCAAAGAGGCUGCCGCCACGGUCAACAUCAAAACCUGGCCCACCAUCAUCGACACAGACGACCUCCCUCGAAGACGGCCCCCCCUCAUCUACAAGCCCCCCACGGCCGAGAUGCUGGCAUACCUGGACUUCAGCGUGUCCACCACAGGCAUGCUGACCGGCGUCAAGAUGUCCCACGCGGCGGUGGGCGCUCUGUGCCGCUCCAUUAAGCUGCAGUGUGAGCUCUACUCCUCCCGCCAAAUCGCCAUCUGCCUGGACCCCUACUGCGGCCUGGGCUUUGUACUGUGGUGCCUCUCCAGUGUGUAUUCGGGACACCAGUCCAUCCUGAUCCCCCCUGCGGAGCUGGAGGUGUCGCUACCGCUGUGGCUGAGCGCGCUCAGUCAGUACAGGAUCAGAGACACCUUCUGCUCCUACUCUGUGAUGGAGCUCUGCACCAAGGGCCUGGGCACGCAGACAGAGAGCUUAAAGGCGCGGGGGGUGAACCUGGCCUGCGUGCGCAGCUGCGUGGUCGUGGCCGAAGAGCGCCCCCGUCUGGCGCUCACGCAGUCCUUCUCCAAACUCUUCAAGGACCUGGGCCUGUCGCCCCGGGCCGUCAGCACCGCCUUCGGCUCCAGAGUCAACCUGGCCAUCUGCCUGCAGGGCACCACUGGACCGGACCCCUCCACGGUCUAUGUGGACAUGAAGUCUCUCAGACACGACAGGGUUCGGCUGGUGGAGCGGGGCGCCCCUCAGAGCCUGCCACUCAUGGAGUCUGGGACUAUUCUUCCAGGUGUGAGGGUGGUCAUAGUGAACCCAGAGACGCGAGGACCACUCGGGGAUUCUCAUCUGGGGGAGAUCUGGGUGAGCAGCCCUCACAGCGCCAGCGGCUACUACACGCUGUACGGGGAGGAGAGCCUGCAGGCCGACCACUUCAACACCAGGCUGAGCUUCGGGGACCCGCAGACCCUCUGGGCCCGAACCGGCUACCUGGGCUUCGUCAAGCGGACCGAGCUGCUGGACGCCAGUGGAGAUCGCCAUGACGCCCUCUUCGUGGUGGGCUCUCUGGACGAGACUCUGGAGCUGAGGGGCCUGCGCUAUCACCCCAUAGACAUCGAAACGUCCGUGUCCCGAGCGCACCGCAGCAUCGCAGAGAGUGCUGUCUUCACCUGGACCAACCUGCUGGUGGUGGUGUCGGAGCUGUGCGGGUCCGAGCAGGAGGCGCUGGACCUGGUUCCCCUGGUGACAAACGUGGUCCUGGAGGAGCACCACCUGAUCGUGGGCGUGGUGGUGAUCGUGGACCCCGGGGUCAUCCCCAUCAACUCCCGCGGGGAGAAGCAGAGGAUGCACCUCAGAGACUCCUUCCUGGCCGACCAGCUGGACCCCAUCUACGUGGCCUACAACAUGUGACCCGCCUCCGCCACGCCUCCCCCGCCCCGCCGAGGCCCCGGGCCACGCCCAGCCCCCGCGGGAUGGGGCCCGGAGGCGCGGGCGUCAGCUUGGGAUGGCGGUGCGGCCACCGCUCUCCCAGGGCGCGGAAACAGAGCGAGGGUGGGCAGGUUUAUCGGAGACCCGUGACCUUUGACUCCUCUGCCCGUGGCGUGACACCCCUUUCGCUCUUGGUUUGUCCUCGCCUGACCCCCCCACCCCCCACCCACCCACCCCCCGACCCAAGCAACGGCUUUAAGGGGGGCGUAGAGAGAGGCAGGAAGGAGAAACUGGGUCUCCGCCUUUCCAUCCCACCCUCUCUCUUUCCUUUGACUGAGAGAGCGCCUAUCCUGCGAUUUCUCAUUGGGUCACACCUGCAUUGAUUGCGCCGGUGUUACAUCACCUGACUGUGGGAGCCGGGGGGGUGGGGGAGGGGAUUCUCUCACCCCUUUACCUCUACAUACGCCCACUGCUGAGGACGGGGGGGGGGGCAGAGUCAGUCAGAACAGUGAUUUGGUUGCGGAGUCUACGCCCCACCCAACCCGCUCUGAGUCCUUUACAGUGACAGAAAGGUCAUGUGAUGCGGUUUCACCGAUAAUCCAUCAAAUGCCGCUGAACGGACUUCUGCUUUUAGAACCUGCUUAAAAAUUCCAUUAGGGAGCUGCAAGAAGGCCCGGGGCCCGGGGCCCGGGGCCCGGGCAGACCUGGCUGUUCUGGUGUAUCGGGAGUGGUGGAGGGGGGAGGGGAAGCAUACGCCGGGUUCCCCCCUUUCAUUUUAGGCACGUUCCCCAGUCAUCUUGAAGCACCGCCGCUGCGACAUGUCGUCCCACGCCAGCUUUUAAGGAAACCGGCACACCCACGUGUCUCUGGGGGGCACGUAGCGACUGUGUUCGCGGGGGUGGCCCCCGUCGCCGAGUUCAGGUGUGCGUGUUUUAAACUGCGAAAGGAAGCCUGCUGCUCGCCUUACUAAAACCUGUGCAUCGUUUCAUUCUUUAUUUCUUUUCAUUUCGUUUGGUUGUUUUUUUUUACAUUUUAUUUUGUGUUGGACAUUUCAUUGCUGUUGUUUUGUAUAUUCUCAUUUUGAAAAAGGGAUGUGUUUUUGGAGGUGGGGAGUGGGUUGCUCUACGGGGGGGAGGUUCGAUGUAACAUAUUGUACAUAGCUCGGAUAUUUGCGUCUAGUUCAUCUGAAAUUAUCGUGUUUUAACAAAAAAAAGACUAUUGAGUUGUGGGAAAUGGAAAACUUGACUGAUCUCUCAUACUUGACACCUAUUUCCUGGAUCAUGGACUCCCUCAGUCACUGAGAGAGUAAAUCGAUCCCAAAAACAAAAGAUUUCACACUGAUAUACGCUUUUCAUUUUAAAAAAAUCUGUGGUCAGUGAGCAGUCGUGGCUUGCACUUAACUACGGGUUCUUAUUUCCUGGGUUGUUUCUGUGGUCCCCUGUUGACCAAAGCACAGGGGCGGCCAUCACAUUCACCAUGUUCACCUUUACAACAAAGCCUCUGUGGAAUUCCCACUCAUGUCCUUUAAAAAAAUAACGUUAAAUAAGAUAUGAAGCGCUACAGGAAGUGCACAUUCUCCUGCAGUGAUCUCGUCACGAAACCGUGAUGUAAGGGAACUUUGAGCUCUCCUCGUAAGUAUUGGCUUCAGUGUUUUUGUUCAUAGUGGAUCCUUAUUUGUACACUCUUGUUAUAGCAGCAGUUUCCUUCUAACGAGUGGGUGUUUAUGCAAAGCCGCCGAAGGCAGUGCCCGUACCAGUCCAUCUUGAGCCGUUUCUCUGCCCGCAAACUAAGAGUCUGUGAACGCGUUGCCUGUCGGCCAUCAGUGUUAGCGGUACAGUGACGUAACCGCUCGAUUCAGACCGGAAACUGAGAGCCAUGCAUGGGGCAUGUCACCAUAGAAAACUGCAACCCCAGUGCCUCCAGAUUCUCUCUAAUGAUGACGUCAUCCAGUUGGAAAGCUCAGCCAGCUUUGAAGCCGAUUUGGCAUCUCUAAGCCAAAAAAACCCAGUUUCUCAGGACAUUGCAUUCUGGUGAUGUGUUGUUCACUCCCCGCGACCGCCACCCAACCUGAAGUGGAGAGAUUUCACACAUCGGCAUGUUCCCUUGCGGGAAGUUGCUGUUUGUUUACCGACGCAGCAGAACAAACCCAUAAUCCUUGUAAACGUUUGCACUGCUUGUGCUGGGAUCAACUCAGACCCUCCAGCAUUCAGACAGCCCAGCCUGGGGAAAUCAGGCCAGUGCGGUUUGCUGCUUUAAAAAAAAAAAACCAGCCUGCCAUUCACUGGUCCAGUAAAUUAAUUAGCUGUAGUCAUUUAUGUUAAUGGUAUCCCACAAUCCAAUGUGACAGUUUUAUAUAAAAACGUAUGUGGCUGUCUGAGCUGGUAAGGAAAGGGAGAGCAGAGGUAGGAGACACACACUCACACGUAUGUUUACACACCCACACACACACACACAGACACACACUCACACGUAUGUUUACACACCCACACACACACACAGACACACACUCACACGUAUGUUUACACAAGCACACUCGUGCACAGGGGAGCACACACAAACAAACGCUGACUGGCAGAAGUAAGUGGAAGGGCGGUAUUUAAAUGCAGUUCUGAGCCAUUGAGAGACACGGGGCGUCCGCAGCAGACUCCGGUGGAGACUGUACGCCCCAGACGGCAGCGCUCCGGCUUCCUGCCGCUGUCCCUGUAGUCACGCUCGGCGCUGGAGGCGCAGAGUGGCGGGAUCCCGCGGCGUGCCCGCGUCAGGGCGUGGGGGAGAGAGUGUCGCUUGGGAACGUGGCUCCCGCCCAUCCUCUUCCUUGCCGAGGAGACCACUGCGAAAACUGGAAGACCCUGCCGCCUACUGGCACCAGGCCCAGGAGACAUGGGGACCGUGCGCCGGACCCCCGACAGGCCCGUGUCCUGUCCCUGGGCUUUAGAGCCGUACUGUGCCGUGUAUGACCCUGCUGGUGUCCGGCUGCAGGUUCGAAUUCCAGGCAGGGCUUUUUUUUCUGCACUCCUUGCCACACCGAACCGGAAUUGUUUCGGUAAUUAUCCAAGUGUGUAAAUGGACGUGUAAAUAUGUAAGUUUGCCGUGAAUGAGGGCAUCAGCCAAGCACAUGGGUCGUAAAAAACAGCCGCUGUUUUAACACACAUCUUUCUUCUGCAAGCUAAUACUGUGUGAUUCCCCGCUGUCUUGUUAUUGGUUUAUUUUAAUUGUGAUAUAAAAGUAACAAAAUCAGUGAUUUUAGAUUUAAAAAUUUUUAUGGCAUCUCUUUGAUUGAACUGUCUUUUAGGACAGUUAUCCUGAUGAUAUGUAACUAAGAGCAUGGUUUUUUUUCCAAAGUCAGCAAACUUACAGUACAAAUGAAAGCAAAGUUGCAAACAAAAUCGAGCACUGUGAAAGCAAAGCGAUAUUGAAGCUAAGUAUUCUUUUUCCUUUUUUAACAUUUAAUUUUAUCUUUAUGUAUGCUUCUAUGUUACCUUGAGUUUGGCCUUUGUUUGUGAUAUCAAGGAUAAAAAUGAGCAUUAUCAUUAUAGAUUAUUAUUAGACAUUAUUUUUUAAAGAGAAGCAGCAUGUGCUUUGGUGCUUUGGCAGGAAAACACUGCUUUCAGAUCCAUAAAGGAUUUCAGCAUUAUGGUGCAGCUCUGCAGUAAACCCACAUAGUUGGCCUACAUAGUGCAUGUUUGACACACACUAGGAAACCACUAACUAGUCUUUUACCCUGUCGCUCACAUGGAGAAAAUAUCUCCUUGAUGACAAAGCGUUUGCUGUUGGGUGAGAAAAGGGAUUUGAGCGUUAAUGAUUCAGAGCUUAAUUUCUGAAUCGGGAAGGAUCAACAGGAAAAAAAACAAGAAAAAUCUCAAAUGGCAAAGAAGAGUCAGGCUGGAGAAUGAACCUGAGGUGUGCACCAGAACCAGGACACAGUUACAGCACUACCUGUGCCUCUGCUGUGAGAAUAAGCCUUAGCUGUGAGAGUGAGUUUCAGCUCUGAUAGUGAGUCUCAGCUGUGAGAGUGAGCCUCAGCUGUGAGAAUGAGCCUCGGCUGUGAGAGAGAGCCUCAGCUGUGAGAGAGAGCCUUGGCUGUGAGAAUGAGCCUCAGCUGUGAGAGUGAGUCUCAGCUGUGAGAGAGAGCCUCAGCUGUGAGGGAGAGCCUCAGCUGUGAGAGUGAGCCUCAGCUGUGAGAGUGAGCCUCAGCUGUGAGAAUGAGCCUCAGCUGUGAGAGAGAGCCUCGGCUAUGAGAGAGAGCCUCGGCUGUGAGAAUGAGCCUCAGCUGUGAGAGAGAGCCUCGGCUAUGAGAAUGAGCCUCGGCUGUGAGAGAGAGCCUCAGCUGUGAGAGAGAGCCUUGGCUGUGAGAAUGAGCCUCAGCUGUGAGAGUGAGUCUCAGCUGUGAGAGAGAGCCUCAGCUGUGAGGGAGAGCCUCAGCUGUGAGAGUGAGCCUCAGCUGUGAGAGUGAGCCUCAGCUGUGAGAAUGAGCCUCAGCUGUGAGAGAGAGCCUCGGCUAUGAGAGAGAGCCUUGGCUGUGAGAAUGAGCCUCAGCUGUGAGAGAGAGCCUUGGCUGUGAGAAUGAGCCUCAGCUGUGAUAGUAAGCCUCAGCUGUGAGAGAGAGCCUCAGUUGUGAGGGAGAGCCUCAGCUGUGAGAGCAAGGCUCAGCUGUGAGAGAAAGCAUCUGUGGUGUGGCUCUGUAUCUUUGAAUCAUGCUGCCUGUUGCUUGAUUGAAUGAAUGACCUCCUACAAAGGCAUUCAUUGCCCCUUAGUUUUUCACUGGUUUCUCAAGCGGUUGAAGGUUACAAAAACAAACCUGCAGUUAAUAAUACAUUCCUGGAAUUAUGAUUAUUAAACUGUAGGGCAAUGAGAGCAAAUGCAACAAAGGUUCCAUUCCUGUGUUCUCUAGUGUGGAUAUGUGCGAAAUGGAUGGACAUUCAUUAAAGGGUGUUCAUGCAGUUUCAAAAACUAUUUUGUGUGUUAUGCAUUGUACUUUAACAUGAUCUCUAUAUUGUAUGGCCCAGAUGAAUGAUUGGUGCAUGUGUAUAUGCAUAUAUGUAUAUAUACAGAGAGAGGGGUGCUAAAAGGGAUGACUGAAUUAGAGUGUAAGGAUUAUUAACGUUGCUUUUUUGGCCUUGGACAGCCUGUACACCCAGGUUUUAGCCUUUUAACACAACACAAAACCUUUCUGAGUCACUGCUGUUGGGUGCUUGGUCUUCUACUUCUGGACCAGGACUGAAUAGUUUGAACAGUUUUUUCCCAUUCAUUUCAAGUUAUUAGUGCAUUUGAAAAAAUCUAUAUUUCCUGGAUAUUUAUUAUUUACGGGCCUUCAUUAUUGUCUAACACUGGUAUGGAAUUUACCUCCACCCUCCCGUCCAAAAACGAAAAACAUAUUCCACUCGGCUGCAGGGCUAAAAUGAGCAAAAGUGACCAUGUCCACAUGCGAAAGAUACUCCACUGUGGUCAUUUAUUAAUGUAAUGUUCACUCUCCUGGGAUCUGUGCAGUUCAACACAGGAGGCCGAAGACAUCCAGGCAAAAGGGACAUUUGUUGGACUUCCUGAUUUCGCCUGCAGGGGGCACAGUCUCAAACAGAGGAUGAGACUCCCAGCAUUACUGCUGCUGCUGGGUUUCACAUGUGAAGGUCCAAGAUGACUGCACAAUUGAGCACACACAGAACCAAGCACAAAAUGGCCACUGACACCUCUCCAGUUGGUAGGCCAGGAAAGUCCUGGAUGACUGAGGCAAAUCAAAAGAAAGUUAUCAUUGCAAUCCUUGUGUAAACGCAUGUCUGUGUCAUCAAAAAAAGGACAUGUCCGUUGUUUCCGAGUGCAAACACCCUUAACUGAAGGAAAGGGUUGAUAUUGCAUGCUGCAGUCCAUUUGCGAGCUACAAUGGCAGGGCCUAAAAUUUGUCAAUAUACACUAUGCAAACAACUCCUGCAGCUUAUCUCAAAAGGCUUGCGCUAAGCAGGAAGUGUGUGUAUCUAAAACGUGUAUUAAUAAGCGGAAAAUAUAAAUGUUCAUCCCCAGCUAGGGUGGAAUUCUAAAUUGCACAUCCCGUGUGAGCAAGGAAUCACGACGUCUUUAACAUGGCUUACGUCCAUCAACUUAAGCGUGUAUACUUGCUGUGUAUAUAUUAUUUGAUGAUACAUGUUCUUAUGAAAUAAUUAUUGUAACAACAAGAAUAAUACAUUUUAAGAUGAAUGCAGUGAUGAGGUGGAGAUGGACUGACAGUUUUGAACAGCGAUGUUGGUGUAAUAUUUCUUGUUGAAAAGUUCAUAAAUAAUAAUUGGUUUACCUGCAUUACUACCCUGUCAUUGCUCACCCUUUGAUUUUGUAAACAUGGUGAUAAUUACUGUUUUAUAUUUCAAUUGCAAAAUGAAUAAAAUGCUUUUAUUUUGCAA